UAGUUAUUCAAUUUGAAGAUUAUUAUUAAGGUCGAAGUAUUGUUAUUACGAUGGAUUACACUAUUUCAAAGCUAAGUAAUUCUUCAGAAACAAAAGACACUCCUGCAAUAAACGAAGGUUUAAAAUUUGGCGUAGACAGAAUCUUAAAUGAUGACCGAAAAAAUAAUAGUCGAAAACCAACAAUUGACCAUUCAGUUUUGUCAAUUUUGCAAAAGUCAACCACUCCGCCGAUUAGUCAUGGAUAUUUCGAUAAUAGACAAGAGUCAUCAGUUUUUGAUAAAUCUGAUAAUUCACGAUUGAUAUCUUUGACUGAUUUAGAAAAAAGAAGAGAAAUUAAUGCUGCCAUACUAUUAGAGAGUACAAGAAGACUGUCUUUGCAUGGACCUGUGAGGCCGUUUCCUACAAGACCUCAAGUUAUUAGAUACCCACCUGCACAUUCACAUGAUUCCAUUUCCAAUCAAAAUAGAUCAAAUUCACCAUCCUCGCCGGGUCAUCAAAGUUCAUCAGCAAAAAGGAAGCGUUCUUGGUCCCGAGCAGUAUUCAGUAAUCUGCAGCGAAAAGGUCUCGAGCGACGAUUUCAAAUACAAAAAUAUAUUACGAAACCCGAUAGGCGGCAACUUGCCGCCACUCUAGGUCUUACUGAUGCACAAGUGAAAGUAUGGUUUCAAAAUAGAAGAAUGAAGUGGCGGCAUCAUACAGUUACAUCUCCACAUGGUGAUGCCGCCGCUGCCGCAAAACGAGAGCAGGAAAUUGCUGCUCUAGAAGGGGAUGAAAUAAAUAGUGAUUAG